UUUAACAAUCUACCAGCUCAGCAUUGCAAAGAGAAAGCGGGGGCGGGGGGAGAUAUCGGACGUCGCUGUUUAUUUUAAUUACUGCAAUGUGAAGAUAAAAUACAAAAACUUCUAGACAUAUUACACGUUUACAGAGAAACAUGCUGAAUGUGCAGUAGUGUGAGUGUGGGCUCUUCCGAGCAGCAGGAAGACGGGCGCGAUACAACCAGGAAGUGUCAGUGUUGUUCGUACUGAUGCCUCUUAUCAAACUACCGGACGUCACAUUAAGAAAAGCUACAACAUUCUUAGCCCUCUCGGUCGUCAUCGUCGCAGUUGUUCUCAAGGGUUUCGAUGACCCUGAGCCAGCUCACCUCGCCAGAAUGACUUCAGAUAUGAAAACUCUGGAGGAAAAUUUCAGGCAGCAAAAUAAGAGCUGUUUCAUACUUGGGGCAUCUGGGGAGACUGGGAAGGUGUUGCUUCAAGAGUUACUACAGUGCAACAUCUUCUCCAAGAUCACCCUCAUCGGGAGAAGGCAGCUCAACUUUGAGGGCAAAGUGUUCGAAAACCUGGUUCAAGAGGUGGUGGACUUUGAAAAACUUGAGGAUUAUGCUGCUGCCUUCCAGGGCCAUGACGUUGGCUACUGCUGCCUGGGAACAACCAGGGCAAAAGCAGGGGCUCAAGGAUUCAUCCGAGUUGAUCAUGACUAUGUAUUAAAAUCUGCUGAGCUCGCCAAAGCUGGAGGCUGCAAACAAUUCCACCUGGAGUCAUCAAGAGGAGCUGAUAAAAGCAGCAACUUCCUCUACCUCAAAGUGAAGGGACAAGUGGAAGCAGAUAUACAAGCGUUGGAUUUUGACAGAUAUGCCGUUUACAGACCUGGGGUUUUGCUGGUAGACAGACAGCAGAGUCGUCCUGGCGAGUGGCUGGCCAGGCAGUUCUUCACUGCAGUCUCUGCUGUUUGCUCCACAUCCAUGUCCAUCCCCAUCCAAACAGUGGCGAAGGCUAUGGUGUCAAACACUGUGCUUCAGCCUGAACAAAAGGUUGAGAUCCUGGAGAACAAAGCCAUCAACACUCUGGGGAAAAGUGACAAGAAGUAACUCUCGGGUCUAUGGAGUUGGUAGCAGGCAAUUUACAGCUCAGGUUCAUUGCAUCAUGUCAAGGAUUGUAAUUCAUUCGUUCCAUUUUCCGUACCGCUUCUCCUCACUAGGGUCGUGCACAUGCUUUAUUGAUCUCUGACUUCUGCAGAGGAAAAUUUUUAUAUCUUCUGCUGCAAAAUGUUAAGUACAGGGAUUUUAACACAGAUAAUUCACAUUUAUAAUAUUGUGAGAACCACUGCCUUAAAUGUUGCUUACUCAUUUGCAUGCGUUGAAUGUUUAUGAUGGUGUUGGUUUAAAUAUAAUUUACUUCAGUCAAUGGUGGCUUGGUAUAUUGAGAUAACGGCAAAUAACAUUUUAAAAUGUUUAGAUCUCAUUGUAUUGUAAUCACUUUAAAUCAAUUUGGCAAUAAAUGCGACUUGCCUUGUUGGAGAGCAUGAACUAAUUUUUUCGUUAGUUUCUUGUGUAGUAGCGCCCCCUUGUGAACAAAUGGUUUUCCGCAACUGUGUUUUGAAAAUCUAAUAUUUUUCCCCCACCACAUGAUGGAAAGUCAUAGGUAAAUAAAAAAUGGCUCCUAUAUUUAUUAUAAUUGAUAAAUGGUUCAUACAUGGAGGACAUGCAUUCAACAUGGAACUUUCUUUUUUUACUUCGAAAUAUAAUGAAAUGUUAUAUUUACCUCUCCACGAAUGAGGGAAAAAACCUGAUGAGCUCAUAUUCCAUGUACUUUGACAGCUGGUAAAAGCUAAAAUAUAUAUUUUUCAAUUGUCAUUGUUUAGGUCAAAGCAAAAUUAAAACAAUUUGUAGAGUUUA